GCUCGGAGCAUGGGGGCAUAUGUUUACUGUGUGGGUCUAGAGGACUCCGAGAGACAAAAGAAAAUCAACCAGUGCUCUUAAGAGGAUAUGGCUUUCAAAAUGCAAAGAAUCUCAACGAAGUUAUUUGUAGAUUCAAGUUCAGUGACUCCACGAUCGUCAAUAAAAUUCCAACUGAUAAGAACUCCACUGUCAUGUUUUGUCCUGCACCAAAGAUAGAGCAGCCUGGACUAACCAUCUUAGUUGAAGUUAGCCUGAACGGAAGAGACUUCCUUGCCCACACCAUCCCUGUGAAUACUUCUGACUGUAUACCAGUGACCACCACUCCUGCCCCUGAAACCUCUACCCUGCCAACAAUUCUGACAGCUUCACCAAAAAGCCCUAUCCCCAAAACUACUGUCCCCCAUAUUAUACUCCCCCCUCUUCUACCUCCACCCCUGCCUCUGCCUUCACCAGCCAUUGUGCGUCCGCCAGCUGAGCCAAGCAAAGAAGUUUUGCUCAGCACUGUGGUCCUGCUCCUGAUGCUGAUCCCUGUGGUGCUGUGGUGGGUCUGGUGGCUGUGCUGCACACUGCCUGUCAAGGCACUGCCAACACCUGCACCACAACCAAAGCCCCAGAAGGAAGAAAAGACCCGUCCUCCAGUGCCUCCCCCAGCUCCACCACCACCACCACCACCACCACCACCACCACCACCACCACCACCAGUGAAUGCGCCCCCCAUUGUGAUCAUCUGCCGCUGUAACUGCUGCAAUGUGUGUGUGAGAACAGGUAUAGAGGGGCCAUACACCAACCUUGGCCUCCUGAAGGACCUCUGUUCUCGAGUUCCCCGCACCUCUGAGACACACUUCUUCCCACCCAAGGAGUACCUGUGUCUGCCCUCCUGCUCCCAGUGCCACCAUCUCCAACACAGUCAUCCCAGGCUACUUCCUUUGCUCCCUCCUCCUGCCCAGGUGUCUCCCAAAGCCUGCUUGUAACUUCAUGCAGCAGACCCAUGCAGCAGUCCUCCCAGACAUUACAGAAUCAAGAGUGAGAGGUCUUUCUUUGCUGCUAA